AUGCAUUUUGGGCACAAGAACAAGAGCAGAUCGAAGCUUCCAGGGCAGCAGGCCUUGCUGAUCCAGAUGCAGCUGCUCCGAUGCCUCCUCCUCCACGGCCGUCCCAGGCGCCUUCUGAUCCGCGCCGCAACGACACCCGCGACCAGAGCCGCCGCGAUGACCAACGUGGCCAGCGCUCAGAAAGCAGACGCUCGGACAGCAGGCGCUCAGAUAGCAGACGCCCAGAUAACAGUCGCCGAGACAAUGGCUACUACGACGACCGACGUGACUCGCGCCCGGAUAACAGUCGCCGAGACAAUGGCUACUACGAUGACCGACGUGACUCGCGCCCAGAUGGUAGGCGCAAUGAGUAUCGCGAUGAUCGUUACUACGAUCGGCCCUCGGACGACAGAGGUCACCACGGUUCCUAUGGGUAUGACAGACGUCAAACCUAUGAUACCAGGGACGACCGACGUGGUUAUUACCGAAACCGAAGUCCCACUCCACCUCGGUACCGAAACCGUAGUCCCACUCCACCUCGGUAUCACUCCCCCGCUCCCGCCCGCGGACGACAGCACAGACAAGGCCAAGAUGGCCCUGAAGCGCGAGCGCAAAGAUGCUGCCGCAGCAGAGGCUGAAGCAGAUUCUAACGUCCAAGAGGACGUCCCCAUGGAUGAUGUGGCUCCAGGGGUCAAUGGCUUGACCGACGAGGAGUAUCAGACGCUGGCACAAAAGAUUGAACAGUCGGUUCUACAGAAGGUGCAAGCAGACCAAGAAAAGUUGCUUUCUGAAGCACUCGGUGCGAAGAACCGCCAGAUCCAAGACCUCGAGACGCAAGUGGAAAACAUGCAGAACGUGAUGGCGACUCCGGCGUCACAGACUGGUGGCUUUACUUCUGGUACAUCAACACAAAACCAACAGCCACAGUACAGUGGCUUUGGUAACCCCAUGGGAGCACAAAACCAACAGCCACAGUACAGUGGCUUUGGUAACCCCAUGGGAGCGCCAGAACCACGGCCACUGUUUCCUGGCUUUGGUGGAACGCCACCCCCUCCAGCCUCAAAUGAGUCACAGAAGAGUGCCUUUAGUAAUACGGCAUUCCGUCCAGCUCCACAGAAUAGUGGAUUUAGUAAGAACCCAUUCUCUUCAUCCCCAAAGAUGCCACAGACCGGUGGCUUCAAGCCGGCAGAGAACGGAGAGUCGAGUUCACAGUCUGAUGAACUCCCAGGCGCCACUACACCUGUCGCUGAGGAUGAGGAAGACCUCCUUGAAUACAGCGAUGAGGACCUUGUGGGGUCAGAUAAUGAGAAGGAGAAGGAGAAGAAGGAGAAGAAGGAGAAGAAGGAGAAGGAGGGGAAGAAAACCGAGGGAGGUUUUCUGAGUGGAGGUCCGCUUGACAGUUAA